UUUUUUGGUAUCCUUAUGCAAAGGAAUUUGUCCCACGAAGUAACAUCAUCUUCUUCUGUAACAUCACCAUCGUCGGUGCUAUCUUCUCUAGUUUCAGCGCAUGAGGAGGGGGAAGAGACUGAUGAUUCUUCAAAAAUCAGAAAUAGGCUUUUGGACGUUGCGAUUGAUAGAAAGAGAAGCGAGAUUCAAAGGGAGGAGAUGGAAGUGAGUAGUAAUGACGGAAGCAGCUUCAAAGAAGCAGACCUUGAUCUCUACACUAUUCCUUCUCAAUCCAGUUGGUUCGUAUGGGAAGAUAUACACGAAAUCGAAAGACGCGAGUUCGUCGAGUUCUUCAGCGAGACCUCCAUCACCCGAACCCCUAAGGUCUACAAGGAGUACAGAGACUUCAUCAUCAACAAGUACAGAGAAGACACCUCUCGCCGCCUAACCUUCACCAGCAUCCGCAAGCACCUCGUCGGCGACGUCAAUCUCCUCCGUAAAGUGUUUCUCUUUCUCGAGAACUGGGGUCUGAUCAACUUCCUCCUCAAGGAAAGUGAUGAUUAUGAGGAGGAGAGUGAAGUUAAGAUCGAGCAUGGGACUCCUUCCGGGAUCCGUGUAACCGCCACUCCUGUUUCCAUGAGACCUGUCACCUUACCUCCCCACGUUGAGGAAAGAGCUGAGCCUGCGUUUAAGUUCUCACCGCUAACUUCUUAUUCAGAUGUGUUCGCUGACUUCAAGAAGCCGUUGUUGGUCUGUGGGCGUUGUGGAGAACGUCCUUUCUAUCAACAUACCAAGAGUGUUGUCACUUUAUGCGACAAGUGUUUCAAGAACGGAGACUAUGGGGAGAACAACUCAGCAGAUGAUUUCAAGCUGAUUGGGAGCUCUGGUACAGCUGACUGGACCGAGGAGGAGACCCUUCUCUUGCUAGAGUCUGUUCUCAAACAUGGAGAUGAUUGGGAGCUCAUUGCACAGAGUGUUUCUACGAAGACUAGGCUUGAUUGUAUUUCCAAGCUCAUUGAGCUCCCUUUUGGAGAGUUUCUGAUGGGAUCUGCCUCUGGAAGACUCAGAUCCUCUAUCCCAACCUCCGAGGAUGGGAACCUUUCGUCUCCUUCCAAUGUUGUUGAACGUAUGAAGGCUGACGGUCAAGAACAGAAGGAGACAGAGACAAGGGAAGAAAAGGAAGAAGAUCGUGUCGUCGAUGAAGAUGAGCCUCCAGCAAAAAGGAAACAUGUUGCAAUGCUAUCGGAUGGUGAUUGUUCACUUUUGAAACAGGUCGCAGCAAUGGCAUGCAAAGUUGGUCCAUCUGUCACGGCCGCUGCUGCAAAAGCUGCAAUUGCUGCUCUUUGUGAUGAAGCCUCUUGUCCAAAAGAUAUUUUCGAAACAACUGGUGAUUCUGCAGUUUACAGAGCUGAUGGAGACAAAGAUACAUCAGAUAUGGAGGAACAGCAAGAAGACAAAGAAGGGACUCAGGAGGAUCUACCCGUAGGUUUAAGGAUGAGAGCGUCAGUGGCAACAGCUCUUGGAGCUGCGGCGGCUCACGCAAAAAUACUGGCUGAUCAAGAAGAAAGAGAGAUGGAACAGUUAGCUGCGAGUAUAAUAGAUCAACAGCUGAAGAAGAUGAAGAGCAAGUUGAAGUUUCUGGACCACUUGGAAUUGAUAAUGGACGCGGAAGAACAAGUGAUGGAGGGUGUAAAGGAAACAAUUCUCCAAGAGAGGAUUAGCGUUUUGCAAUGCGCGUUUGGUGACGGUAUUACGAAACGUUGGGAUAAUAUGUACGUGAAAUAGUGAUCCUUUGUUGGUCCCUAGGAGGAUGAUGUUUGAGAUUAAAAGAGGAUGUGUUUUUGUAAGACUUUUGUCCGUUUGGGUGGUCUCUCUUGUUGUUAUUAACUUUACGAGUUGGUUGUUGACUUGUUACAUUUUACUGUAGAAUGGUCUGACCAAUUAAUGGAUGGAUGGGUCUCUUCUCUUCUAA